AUGUCUAUUACAGCAUGCGCAAUGGCUCUUUCGCCUCGUUCUGCUAUCCAUGAGGAUGACCUUGACCGCUAUGAUGACUUCCUAUCACUUCUUCAAGAUACCCACUUCAUGGACAUGUACCUCGAGAACGACCAAGUGAAGAUCGACGUAUACGAUCACCCAUCCAACGAUCUUGCUCUUUCCCAGUCCUUCACACCUAGUGACACUGCAAGCCAGUAUUUUGAGCAGGAGAACCAGCGCGCCCAGGAAGUGUUGCAGCCAGCAGCAGCCCUAAGGGACACGACGGAUGGAUCGACGAUGGAAAACAAACUCGAAGUUUGCCCUCGCGGUGGCACCUUGUUGACCAGAGAUGCGACUGCUCUUGACAAACGUGUCUCGAGAUGCUAUCAGUUCUGUGGAACGAUUGCCAAUUGUCGGGGAAACAAUGGAUGCCCUCACUGUUACGCUGUUCGGCAAGGAUGUCUAUGGCAGAAAUGGUGCCGUUAG